ACAGGUCCUGUAUUUUGAUAGUUUUUUGUUUUUUUUAUUAUUUAAUUAUUAUUUGAAAUAUCUACCUAUAUUAAAAGAUUUUAUAUUUACACGUAUAGUUGAAUGUAGUGAAAGUAGUAUCAAUGGUUAUUAAAUUGAGUACUUUUGUUUUGGCAAUAUUGUUGGAUUCCCUGGCAGCCUAUUCAUCUGCACCGCCAGAUCGCUGGUCAUGGGGCUUUGUGGAUGUUCCUGACACUCCCGUGGCCCCUACUCCGACACCGGUCGCGACUACCACCAGCAAAGCUGGCAAGCUGCAGUAUGACCCCUGCGAGGGGUACACUCCGACACUGCCGGACACCCUCGCUAGUGGACGGAGGAUCAGUCAAGUUAAAUGCUACGAAUACAUUUGGAACAUAAAAGUUAGAAGAGAACAGGACAAGCGAGCUGAAGAAUGUAAAGAGAAGAGGCGUCUCGAAGGCUUCGUGGUGCUGGCGGCGGUGGGCGGGCGGCCCGCGGCGCAGGGCGAGUUCCCGCACAUGGGCGCCAUAGGCUGGAAGGCGUCGGCCGGCACGUGGGUGUUCAAGUGCGGUGGCUCCCUCAUCAGCCCCAACUAUGUGCUGACCGCCGCGCACUGCACGUCGGCCUCUCCAAGAGACGCCACCAUCGCUGAUAGGUUUCCGAAGAUCGUGCGGCUGGGUGAUAAGAAUAUUAUUGAUGUUUACGCCAACGACGUGAACCCAGAAGACGCCGAAAUCAAACGUUCCAUAGUGCACCCGCGCUACGAGUCUCCCAAGAAGUACCACGACAUAGCGCUUCUGGAGCUGGUGUCUCCCGUGGUGAUGUCUGACCUGGUCCAGCCGGCUUGCUUGUGGGGGCAGCGGGACACCAGUGAACUGGGGACUCAGGCCACGCUGACGGGGUGGGGGGUUGUGGAGACAGUCGGCAUGACGACAUCCCCGGAGCUGCAAGCAGCAGUAGUGGACAUCGUGGAGCCCGCAGUAUGCGACCAGCUGCUGAAGCGGCAUUGCAACCGCCUGUGGUGCGGCGUACAGGACCAGAUCUGCGCCGGGAAGAUGACUGGUGGGGUGGACUCUUGUCAGGGUGACUCCGGAGGCCCUCUGCAAGUGAAGAUCAAUCUGCCUCCAUCUAGCAACUCGUCCAUGCACUACGUCAUCGGAGUGACGUCAUUCGGCGUCGGCUGCGCGAGACCCAACACUCCGGGCAUCUACACGCGGGUCUCCAGCUAUAUCGACUGGAUCGAGAACAUUGUUUGGUCCUAGUGGUGACUGUGUAAUAAUAAAUAUGAUAAAUAUAACAUCAUGACCCUUCACGUCCCCACUGCUGGGGCACGGGUCUCCUUCCAAUGAAGGAAGGGUUUAGGCCUAGUAUUACAAUA